AUGGUGGCUCUGGUCCUGGUGCUCCUCUCUUCAUGGUGUGCUCUGGUCCUGGUCCCUCCUCUCUUCAUGCUCGGCGCUGAGCUGUACAUGGCCGUGCUCCUCAGAACAGCUUUCCUCUCGGCCUGCCGUCGUGCUACUGAGCAACGCGUGCUGUCCCUGUGUGCUGCGCCUCCUGCUGGACUCAUAGAAGGGUUGGGGGCCUGUGUGUCUCACUGGUGUCUGUUGCAGAUGUCGGGCUUUAACCUGCUGCACCUGGUGUCCAAGGGCCAGCCGGUGACCCUGCGCUCCUGCAGUCUUCCUUCAGGAGCGCGACGCACGAAGAAGACAUGGCCUGUUACGUUCACCAAAGAAGAACUCAGAGAACGCCUCACGCCUCAGCAGUACCAUGUGACCCAGGAGAGGGGCACUGAGAGUGCCUUCACUGGAGAGCUGACGUUUCACAAAGAGGGGGGCACGUACCGGUGUGUGGUGUGUACAGCGCCGCUCUUCAGCUCCAAGACAAAGUUUGACUCUGGAUCUGGUUGGCCUUCCUUCUUUGACCUGAUGAAUAAAGACGCCGUUGAAGUGACCGACGACUUCUCGUUCGGGAUCCACCGCCAGGAAACCAGCUGUGCUCAGUGCGGCUCUCACCUCGGUCAUGUGUUUGACGACGGCCCCAAGCCCACGCGAAAACGCUACUGCAUCAACUCUGCGUCUCUGAGCUUCCAGGAGGAGGCGAGCUCCACAGAGCUGACCCAGCAGGAGGAGGCAAGCUCCACAGAGCUGACCCAGCAGGAGGAGGCGGGGCAGGGGGCGGAGGCAGCAGGGGGGAGUGACGGGGGGAGUGUUAAGCCUUAA